AUGAACGUUUAAUAGGUUCCAAUAACAAAACCUCCCUCUCGCUCACCAAUGCAAACCUACAAUAUAGCCAAAAUAAUAAAAACAGAACCAUCUCAAUCUGAUAGAUAAUUUUCAGCUGGCCAUAGAAUUGAACGAUCAAUGCUUUCACCAAGUCUUCUUGAUGAAGGGUCAGUUUUAGUUCAAAAGUUGCCACCUAAUAAAUUAGUAAUAAAUGUAAAUAUCAAGGUAAAAGCUUCAGGUAAAUAUCCAGAAUUCUGCAUUCGAGAUCAAGAUACAGGCAAGGUUAUUGAUAUUCGUUAUUAAGAUUGGAGAAAUAAUUGGAAUACAAAGAGUCCCAAUAAUGCCAAAUUGAUAAAUAAAGUGAAAAACAAUUCGUAUGAUGAGGCCAGAGAAAUACUUCUAAAAGAGAAGCCUGACGUAAAUUCUAGAGAUUUGGAAGGAAAUACAGUAUUACAUAUAAGUGUGAUGAUUGGGAGCUCUAAAUUAGUUGGAUUGCUGUUAUAUCACGAAGCUCAAAUAGAUUCAUUAAAUUCAAAAUUAUAAACUCCCUUAAUGAUUGCUUGUAGUUUAGGAGCCGAAGAGAUUACUUAAUAAUUGAUAAGAGCAGGAGCUGACAUUAACUCUUAAGAUAUUAACAAAAACACUUGUCUUCAUUUGGCAACAAUGAAUGAAAGAUAAAAAAUUAUAGAUUUAUUACUAAACAAAUAAAGUUUGAAUCUCAAUUUAAAAAACAAAGAGAACAAAAUAGCUAUGGAUUAUUCAUCCAAUCAAUAGAUCUUUCUGUAAGCGAUGCAAAAAUAAAAUAAUAAUUCAAUUAAAAUAUAUGAUGCAAGAACUGAUUUCGGAAGUGAAAAUAGCAAUUCAUUUAAUGAAGAUAAAGUAGGUCCACAUCACUUCAAAGUGCAUGCACUUAUUGGGAGAGGCAGUUUUGGAGAACUGGAUACUAAUUAACUAUUAGCUAUGAAAGUGCUUCAUAAAUCGAAAAUACAAAAACAAAACCUCACAAGAUAUGCAUUAACUGAGAGAAAUGUGUUAUCAUUAACCAAACACCCUUUUAUUGUAAGAUUAAGAUAUGCGUUCCAGACUUCCGAUAAACUCUGUCUAAUAAUGGACUAUUGUCCAGGAGGUGAUUUAAGUUCUCAUUUGAGAAGAGAAUAAAGAUUCCCAGAAGAAAGAGUAAAACUAGGAUUUACAUAAGAGAGAUAUUAUUUUCAGAGAUUUGAAACCUGA